CGCUAGUCGCUCUGUGGGGAGGGUCCGCAUCGCGUGUGACGGCGUUAGGCGGCGCGGCGGGUCCGCGGAGCCACGUCACUGGGCUGAGCGGGCGGACCCCCGACCCGAGCCUGGGGUGAGGUUCCCAGUUCAGCGCUGUCCCCGGGCUGCUGGUUCCCCAGGGCGGGCCGGGGUCUGUGUCCGCUGCUGAGUGCCUAGUGCAAAGGGGCCUCCGGCCUGAUUCCUCUAGCUCCUGGGUCUCAACCUGAGGGCCGCGUGUGGCCCAUCAGCGCACAGCUGUGACCCAGUGACAGCCUCCGGGCCGUACAGGUUUUCUUUGAAACUGCAUCUUAAUCCCUCACUUAUACUGUCACAGGAAAGACUGGACUGGUGAAUGCAAACUAGAUAAUGCCCCUCUCCACUCAACCUGAAACUGGUGAUGAUCAGUAUGUUUUAGUCGCCAGUCUCGACAAUGUCAGAAACCUUUCAAAUAUCCUAAAAGCCAUUCAUUUUAAAGACCAUGCAACAUGUUUUGCAACUACAAAUGGAAUCAAGGUUACAGUGGAAAAUGCAAAGUGUCUGCAGGCAAAUGCCUUUAUUCAGGCAGGGAUUUUUCAAGAAUUUAUUGUACAGGAAGAGUCUGUGAUGUUUCGAAUCAAUUUGGCUGUUCUUUUAGACUGUUUGACCAUUUUUGGUACAACUUCUUUGCCAGGUACGUCAACAGCACUUCGAAUGUGUUACCGUGGUUAUGGCUACCCCUUGACCCUAUUUCUAGAAGAAGGAGGUGUGGUAACUGUGUGUAAAAUUAACACUGAAGAACCUGAAGAGACACUAGAUUUUGAUUUCUGCAGUACAAAUGUGGUUAAUAAAAUUAUCCUGCAGUCAGAAGGGUUAAGAGAAGCAUUUGCUGAAUUAGAUAUGACCAGUGAGGUCCUGCAGAUCACCAUGUCUCCAGACAAGCCUUAUUUCAGAUUAUCCACCUUUGGCAAUGCAGGAAGUGCUCAUCUUGACUAUCCCAAAGACUCUGAUUUGAUGGAAGCAUUUCAUUGCAACCAGACCCAGACAAACAGGUAUAAAAUCUCUUUGCUCAAACCAUCUACUAAGGCACUGGCUUUAUCUUGUAAAGUGUCUAUUCGGACAGAUAAUCGGGGAUUCCUUUCACUACAGUAUAUGAUUAGGAAUGAAGAUGGACAGAUCUGUUUUGUGGAGUACUAUUGUUGCCCUGAUGAGGACAUUACUGAAUCAGAACUAUAGCUCUAUGAUAUGGACUGCAUUUCAUUUAUGGACAUUCAGAAUGAUGAAAUAUUUAAUUAAAAAAAAUUGAAAGUUGCCAGAUUGAUAGCCCAGAAAAUGGACGCCCUGUUUAUCCACAGAAAGGAGCAGAAAAAGCAGCUACAAUGAAGCUUCUCCCAUAUUACUUUGCGAGUGUUUCUCACUCUUGACCUGAAUGGACCAUCUAUAAAAGUGAAAAGGUAGCUUAAUCCUUGGCCUCUGUGCUGAGGCUGAGAAGGGUGCUGUGAUGGUGGUGGUUUUGUGAUGUGCACACUUGUCCACUGCAAGCUUGGAAUGAUCACCAAACAGCCCCUUGAGUAUUCUGUCACUAUUGUCAGAAUAAUUGCAAACACAAGCAAUGCGGUAAAUCUGUGACAAUAACAGUAUGUUAAUCCACCAGUUUUUGGCCAUGGUUUGCUCUGAGCAUGGAUGAAGCAAUUACAGGAGGUGAAUGUCUGAAUGCUGGCUUGUGUUAGACAGUGGGUUGUUCAAAUGAUUUAAAAAAAAAAACCCUUUUUGUGAGACUACAAGUGGAGAGUGAAAAUUGAAACUGACUUCUCAACAACAGUAAAUUGUAAAUUUGCUCAUCCUCAGCUAGAUUCAAGCCUGCUGUAACUAUUGAAUUCCCUGGAAUUUCAUCGGGGAUGCCCAUUUUCCACAGCAGUGUGCUUGUGCUGUACUGGUAAGUUAGCAUAGAACCCAACGUAAAUCACUUUUAAGUACUUGGGCAGUGUCAUUUUGAUUUUAACUUUUCAAAUUAAAAAAAAAAUUACUAAUACAACCCUUGCUAUUGAAAUGUGGUUUUUUUACGUGUACUACCCCAACCCCAUCCAUUCACCACUGCCUUCCAGAUCAAAAACACUUAUUUCAGUUUUAAGGAAAAAGAGCAUUGGAGUAUUGUUUUGGAGAAGAAAAAAUCCCAAUGAAUGUUAUUGAUUUUUAUAAAAUAAAACAUUAUCGCUUGUCCCAAUUGGGAGUUGCCUUUAAUGGUAACAAACCUAUACAUAUGUACCACAUUAAUAUUUUGCUGCAUUUAGAAAUGCUUUUGUAUUUUUUUAAUAAAAUAAUAGCAAAGUGAAUGAAUCGUUUCCUGGAAAUAAAAUGUUGUGAUAUAAUA